UUCUCUCUCUCCCUUAUGAAUUGUCCUCACUGCUCUUCAUUGUAUAAUAUUUCACUACAUUUCAUAGGUGGGCCUCUCUAUUCCCUGCUUGCAAGAACUCAGCACAUGGAGGAGGUUUUCCGAGUAAGCAGCAUGUAAGCAUCAAACCAAUGAAGAGCAACAAAAUGGUUUGAUACAUGUGAAAUACAGAGAUCAUUUCUUGCGAGAACAGAAUGACCCAUCUCGAUGAGAGGAAAGGAGACAGAGGUCUCUUGAACCCUCGAUCACAGGGCGAUGUUCAAUGCAUCGUGAAGGAAAACUUCCCCCUUCUUUAUUAUUAUCAGGAAAAAAUCUCUUUUGUGUAAGCAUUAAGGAAAGUAGCAAAUGCGUAAUCUCACUUGAAUUUUUUAUUAGUUCUUUGAGAAAAUUCUGUGAAAAAAGAACCCUCUCCCUUCAUUUUAUUAUAUCCUCAAGCUUCACUGCUUGAGAAAAGAACCAGAUUCGAGGCGAAAGGACAACGCAGAUGAAAUUGAAGAUUCUUCCUCGAAGCUUUAAGCCUUUUACACCGUGGGCCAGUAAGGAAAUCACAUGAGCUUCCCGGUAUCUUAUCGUCACCAAUCCCAAAUGCCUCUUUCAAGUCUCUCUUCAUCUCCCUCUUCACUUAUCCUCUCGUCUUACACCCAUUUCUAUCACCAACUGCUGGACAGAGCAGAGCAGAACCUUCUCUUCCUCGGAUUUUCGGUUUCACCACCCAGUAAGUAGGUGAACAAACCCAAAAGCUCCAAAAGCUGAACAGAGCAUGUCCGUCGCGUGCGGCGCCGAAUGCGUCUUCUGCUUGGGUUUCUCUCGCUGGGCGUGGAAGCGCUGCACCUACGUGGGCUCCGACGACAGUGCUACUUGGCCCCUGGCCACCUCCGACGAGUUCGAACCCGUCCCUCGCAUCUGUCGAGUCAUCCUCGCCGUCUAUGAGGAAGACCUUCGCAACCCCAAGUUCCCACCCUCCGGUGGCUACCGCAUGAACCCAGAAUGGGUCGUCAAACGCGUCACCUACGAGCAAACGGGAGGCAAUGCCCCACCUUACCUCAUCUACGUGGACCAUGAAACCCACGAGAUUAUCCUUGCCAUUCGAGGUCUCAACCUCGUCAAGGAGAGCGAUUACAAAGUCCUGCUCGAUAAUAAGCUCGGAAUGCAGAUGUUCUAUGGUGGAUAUGUCCAUCAUGGGCUGUUGAAAUCGGCUGUUUGGUUGCUGAAGCAGGAAUCGGAGACGUUGAAGCAGUUGUGGGUCGAUAACGGGUCUUCCUAUAAGUUGAUUUUCGCUGGGCAUUCUUUGGGUUCCGGCGUAGCUGCUCUGAUUGCGGUGGUCGUGGUGAAUCAUCGGGACCGCCUCGGUGGGAUUCCGAGGAAUCUUAUAAUGGCUUAUGUGGUUGCGCCGGCGAGGUGCAUGUCGCUUAAUCUUGCGGUGAAAUACGCGGAUGUUAUUCACUCUGUUGUGUUGCAGGAUGAUUUCUUACCAAGAACUGCAACGCCUUUGGAAGAUAUUUUUAAAUCACUCUUCUGUUUGCCAUGUUUUUUGUUCGUGGUUUGCAUGAGAGAUACUUUCAUGCUGGAAGGUAGGAAGUUAAGCGACCCUAGAAGACUUUAUGCUCCUGGACGGAUGUAUCAUAUUGUAGAGAGGAAAUUCUGCAGAUGCGGUAGAUUUCCUCCAGAAGUGAGGACUGCCAUUCCUGUUGAUGGAAGAUUUGAACAUGUUGUUUUAUCAGCAAGUGCCACAUCAGAUCAUGGAAUUAUUUGGAUAGAAAGAGAAGCAGAAAGGGGGUUACAAGAAAAAGCCUCUGCAGCAAGCGGGGGUAAGGCUGUGUACAUUGUGACCCUCCCCAAACCCCACAAUGGCGGGAGCCUCAUGCACUGGAGAAUGAAGAAGAGCAGUGAUGAAACCAUGACAACGGCUCCAACAGUGCAGAAACUUGAGAGAUUGAAGACAAUUGAGAAAGAACACAAGGACGCAAUAGAAAGAGCUGUCAGCUUGAACGUCCCUCAUGCUGUGGUACCAGUAGAGCAUCCUAUUGGAGAUUCAGAUAUGGUAGCACACCAGGAUCAGGGGACAGACCCCUCACACAGAAGAUCAAAGUCCAGUGCAAACUGGGAUGAACUUGUUAAAAUGCUUUUCAACAGAAACGAAUCAGGAGAUCUUAAACUGAAGAAAGACAUUACUAGUACAAACUAGAAGAUGAAUUCGAAGAUGAAUUCAUCAUCUUCAUUGUUGUGUACAUCCAGAGGGUUUUCUUCGAGCUUUGCUUCAUUCCUCUUUUCUCUUACUGUUGGCUUCAUUUGUAUACCAAAAUUGGCCAAAGUCCUCCUUCAACUGUUGAAAAUGAAGAAUCCCUUCACCACUGAA